AUGAAUAUUGGUUGUUCACCUCCAGUUACACCUCAAAAGAGUAGGAUCCCAAGAGUACCUAAAACUUCAAGGAUUCCACAAACUCCACCUUCUCCUUGUCCCCUCAAUUCAUCAUUAGAGUUAGAAGAGGAUUAUAAUAAUAUUACCACAUCAACUCCUGAACCAUCUUCAGAUAUUUCAAUAUUUGAUCAUAUUUGGUCAUUAACUACUAAUGAAGAAACUAUUCCUGUGCAUGAUUUAUUUCGAUUAUUAAAAUAUCUAGAGAUUGAAUUGAUGAGUUCAACUACUAUUGAUCCAUAUUUUUUAACUAAUGAUUUUAUAAUUAAAUCUCGGAUUGUUGAACAAAGUGAAUUUCUAGAAAGAGUUGAUAAACAACAAGCAUUUAAUAUUAUAUGUCAUAGUCUAAAAGAUAUUCAAUUCUUAGAUCCUAAUAAUCCUACCACUACUGCUACCACCACCACCAGAGGAAGAAGUAGAACAAGAAGAAAUGGAGAUGUUAUUGAUCCGCCUAUGAGUGAUUCAAUAUCAGAAGAAAAUGAUUAUGAUGAAACAGCUACACUUAUGGAAAUGAAUCAAAAUUCACCACUACGAGAAGAUACAGAAAAUAUGAAUCAACGAGAUAUGAUUUUUAAUUGGACAAAACCAACUUUACGAGUAGCAUUAAAAGAAUUGGAAUUAUUGCAUACCAAAUUAGAUAAACAAUAUAAUUUAUUAGAAACAGAAUUGGCAGAAAUAAAACGAAAGAAUAGUUCAGAUUUAGAAGAAUUGAAAAGUUUAUCUAAAAGUAAUGAUAAUAUUUAUGAUCGAAUUGAAAAUAUCCGGGAUGAAUUGUUGAAUUUCAAUGAUGAAUUGGUUAAUUAUAGAGAUAAAUUUCAUUCAAACAGAACAAUUAAUAUAAAGGAUGACAAGCAGGUCUUGACAUUCUUGACUGAUAAUGAUGAUGAAUUGGUAUUACAAGAAUUGACAAAACCGGAAGUACAGGAAGAUUUAAAUUGGUCAACUGAAACCACUCCAAUUGUGGAACAAAUAGCUAGUAAUAUUAAAGAUGAUGUUAGGUUAUUGGAUAGUGAAGAAGAGAAAACACCAACUAUGGAUAAACGACAAGAUGACGAAUUGGAGAAUAUCGAUAAUGAUGUUACUGUCGAGGGAGCACAAACUGUGAAUAUUGAUGGUAUUGACAAGGUUGUGAACUUAGAUAAUGCUAAUACGGUAAAUCCAAAUAUCAUCAUGUUUAUUAUUAUUGUACUCUUUUUAUAUACUUUAUUUUGA